UUUCCUCUUAGUGAAAGAUGCGCUUUCUUAUCGCAAUCAUAAUCCUGACGUGUCUGAAAAGUUCACACUCCGGUGAAAUUUUCCACGUCCCGUUGAACGGUGAUGGGUCCAUUUCCCUCAACUGGGUCCUGGAUUAUCCCACUCAAACCGUCACUUUCGAGGUCCACCUCCCGGAAAAUUUCGGCUGGUUUGCGAUUGGUUUUUCCGACCAAGGGGCGCAUUUCCCGGCCGAUUAUUGCAUACUAUGGAAGACAAUCAAACGGAAAAUUCAAUUUGAGGACACGUGGGCCGACACCACUGGGAUUAUACGGCUGGACCGCCAACAAGAUUGCCAAAAUUUCAAAAUAAAACGCGCGGGAAAUGUAACCAAGUUUACGUUUCGGCGCAAAUUCGAUACUUGCGACUUUGAGGAUUAUGUUAUCGAAGAUGGGACAACACAUAUCGUGUGGGCACGUGGGGCCCACCCUUUGUAUAAAGUGGUGGGGUUGAAUAUUAGCUCCCCUGAGAAGGAGCAAGGCAUGGUGAGGGUGCAAUUGUUGAAAAAUACCAAUGUGAAGGCGAUUUUGCCCAAUUAUGUGCAAACUUUGGAUGUUUUUGCCCAUGAAGUGAGGGUUCCGGACAAGGAAACGACGUAUUGGUGUCACGUCCAUAAACUGGGGGAAGAAUUUAAGGAGAAACACCAUGUUUACAGGUACGAGGCCCAUAUUCCGAGUAGUAGUGAAGGUUUGGUCCAUCAUAUGGAAGUGUUUCAUUGUGUGGCACCUCCGAAUCAACAAAUUCCCCUAUAUGUUGGCAACUGUUUUGCUAAAGACAGACCCAAAGAGACGCAAGUUUGUAAAAGAGUGCUAGCUGCGUGGGCCAUGGGGGCACCACCUUUCACAUAUCCAGAGGAGGCCGGGCUUCCCCUCGGCGGUCCCGACUUCAACCCCUACGUCAUGCUCGAGGUGCAUUACAACAAUCCGGAGCAUAAAACCGGAUUUGUGGAUAGUUCCGGAAUCCGGUUUCACGUCUCAUCAAAAUUGAAAAAAAUGGACGCUGGAGUUAUCGAAUUAGGGUUGGAGUAUACCGACAAAAUGGCGAUUCCUCCAGGUCAGGAGGCGUUUCCUUUGACCGGAUAUUGCGUCAGCGAGUGUACCGCUGUGAGUUUGCCACCUGAAGGGAUUACAAUUUUUGGGUCACAGUUACACACUCACCUCACAGGGGUUAAGGUGUACACUAGGCAUAUAAGGGAUGGGAUUGAGUUAAGGGAACUGAAUAGGGAUGAUCAUUACAGUACGCAUUUUCAGGAAAUACGCAGGUUGAAACAACCGGUUAAAGUCUUACCGGGCGAUGCCUUGGUUACGCGAUGUUAUUAUAACACACAAGAGCGGGAAAAUAUCACACUUGGAGGGUUUAGUAUCACAGAUGAGAUGUGUGUUAAUUAUGUUCAUUACUUCCCAGCCACUCAAUUGGAGGUUUGCAAGAGCGCAAUUAGUGACCAGGCUUUAAGUACUUACUUCAACUACAUGAAAGAAUGGGAGGGCCAAAAAAUUUCGCUCCACCACGUAAUUUCAGAUAAUUACAAAUCAAUCAAAUGGAAUAAAAUGCGCGUCCAAUUACUGAGCGAUGUGUACCAUGAGGCCCCCUUGAGCAUGCAGUGCAAUAUGUCAAGUGGUGACAGAUUUCCCGGUUAUUGGGAAAACACCCCCAUCACCCCCAUUUUAACGCCCCUACCCCCACCCCCACGAACAUGUUAAAAAAAACAAAAAUAUAAUAUAAAUAAUUUAUUAAAUAAACUAUUACAGAGUUA